AUGUUAUUUGAGCAGGGUCAGCAGGCCCUGGAGCUUCCUGAGUGCACCAUGCAGAAGGCUGCAUACUAUGAGAACCCGGGACUCUUUGGAGGCUAUGGAUAUGGCAAAGCCACCGACACUUAUGGCUACAGCGCUCCUCCUCAUCAGCCCUACCCACCCCCUGCUGCUGCCAACUCCCUGGACAGUGAUUACCCAGGUUCUGCCUGCUCCAUCCAGGGCUCUGCACCUCUCCGAGCCCCAGCCCAUAAAGGAACUGAACAUGGGAGCUGCAUGCGGCCUGGGGCUGGGAAUAGCCAGGGCGGUGGUGGUGGCAAUCAACCUCCUGGUCUGAACUCAGAACAGCAGCCACCACAACCCCCUCCUCCACCACCUACCUUGCCCCCAUCUUCACCCACCAAUCCUGGAGGUGGAGUGCCUGCCAAGAAGACCAAGGGUGGGCCCAAUGCCUCUAGCUCUUCAGCCACCAUCAGCAAACAGAUCUUCCCCUGGAUGAAAGAGUCUCGACAGAACUCGAAGCAGAAGAGCAGCUGUGCCACUUCAGGAGAUAACUGCGAAGAUAAGAGUCCACCGGGCCCGGCAUCCAAGAGGGUGCGCACCGCGUACACGAGCGCCCAGCUGGUGGAGCUGGAGAAGGAGUUCCACUUCAACCGCUACCUGUGCCGGCCGCGCCGCGUGGAGAUGGCCAACCUGCUGAACCUCACCGAACGCCAGAUCAAGAUCUGGUUCCAGAACCGUCGCAUGAAGUACAAGAAGGACCAGAAGGCCAAGGGCAUCCUUCAUUCUCCAGCAGGCCAGUCCCCGGAGCGCAGCCCACCUCUUGGAGGAGCGGCGGGCCACGUGGCCUACUCGGGCCAGUUGCCGCCGGUACCCGGCCUAGCCUACGACGCACCCUCACCGCCCGCUUUCGCCAAAUCGCAGCCCAAUAUGUACGGCCUGGCCGCCUACACGGCGCCUCUCAGCAGCUGCCUGCCACAGCAGAAGCGCUACGCAGCCCCCGAGUUCGAGCCCCACCCCAUGGCGAGCAACGGCGGGGGCUUCGCCAGCGCCAACCUGCAGGGCAGCCCCGUGUACGUGGGUGGCAACUUCGUCGACUCCAUGGCGCCCGCGUCGGGGCCGGUUUUCAAUCUGGGCCACCUCUCGCACCCGUCUUCGGCCAGCGUGGACUACAGCUGCGCCGCGCAAAUCCCUGGCAAUCAUCACCACGGACCGUGCGACCCUCAUCCCACCUACACAGAUCUCUCGGCUCACCACUCCUCUCAGGGACGCCUGUCCGAGGCCCCCAAACUAACACAUCUGUAGCGGUUACCGCCGGCCUGGCGCAAUUACCUAGCUGGUUUU